AUGGUUGCAGAGUCGGACUUGUCAGAUUGGGCACAGUCCCUGCAGCCCCACGGAGCCCAGCUGCAGCCCAGAGCAGCCCAGCGCAGCCCAUUAGGAUCAGCACCCCGGCAGACGGCCCGAUUCCUCACUUAUUGGGAGCCAGCCAUCGGCCAUUACCUGCACCAGCUGAAGGCAAUCAGGAGCACGCUGGCUUUGCUACAAAAAGACGUCCAGCGUUCAGACAUGGAGCCUGCAGAGACUCCAGCGCUCACCGCGGCUCUUAUUUCCCCUUCGCCCGAAGAAGAGGGGCUGCAGGGUCCAGACCCCGCUCUUAGAGGGAGUCCACAGCAGCCUGCUACAGUCCAGCCUCCACCCAAACCAAAGUGCCCCAUUAAAGGUGCAAAAAAGAAGAAAACCGAGGAGAUCCUCCACGCCAUUCUGCCCCCGAGGGAGUGGGCUGACGGCAGCGGUCGGUGGAUGCAGAGAGUGUCCACCACGCCCAGCUCACGCAUGGACGUGCUCAAGCUGGAGGAGCAGCUGAACCUGAAGCUGAAGCAGAGGCAGGCUAGAGAGACUGGAUUGUGCCACGUCCGGAGAGAGCUCUAUUCACAGUGCUUCGAGGAGCUGAUCAGACAGGAAACCAUAAACUGCACAGAGAGGGGGCUGCUAUUGCUGCAGGUUCGAGACGAGAUCAGCAUGUGCAUAGCUGCCUACGAGACGCUGGACGACCGCAGCAUGGCCUUUAGCAUCCGGAAGGUUCUGCCCGCCGAGCAGGGGAAGGCAGGAAUGGAGGAACAGAUUGAGGCCCUGGAGGGGGAGAAGCUGGCUCUAGAAGAGCAGCUGAAGGAGAUGGAGGCAGAUUGCGAGGCCGAUAAACAGAGGGAGAAGGACAGACGGGUCAUGGAGGAUAAGAAGCACACAGAGGACAUCGAGUUCCUAAAGCGCACCAACCAGCAGCUCAAGUUUCAACUGUUGGGCAUCGCACAGAAGUGA